AAAUACCAAAAACUGAAUCACAGUCCCUUGUUACCGUUUGUAGAGGAAAUAUUCGUUUCGUUUCUUUCCAUCGUGUCUCCGAGCGUGCACUACAAAGAGCAUUCACCCUCUGCUCACAGAUCGUGCCUUUUCUUUCGUUCCUUUAUUUUGCAUUUAAGGACAGGUGUCUCACUUGACCCGUUCUGGUCCGGAUGUCCGUCUUUCGCAAGCCAUCGCUCCAAGUCUCGCCUCCAGACGAGCCAUCUUUCCUCCCAUCAGCCGAAAAAGAUCAGAGUUGGAUAAGUCGAACCUUAAAACGCGCUUCUUCCUCCAAUAAUCAAAAUCCGCCUGCUCAUGACCACCUCAGUGCUCGCGACCUCGCAACACGAAACGCGAGUGCUUCUUCGUUGUCCAGCUUAGCCGUUGCAGGUGGGGCAGAUUUUCAACCGCCCCCAACGCCUCGCGCUCCUGGCACUAUCAGCAGUAAACACACCCCUCGCAGUCACCGAGAGAGCACCACGAGCUCUGCUUUCCUUUCUGUUUCGCCAGCACAUGGGCCACCGAACUCAAGUCCAACACUGCCUUUGGCGAGUCUAUAUCUUGUGUCAGGCCUUCCCAAGUCUCCGCAAACGUGGACCCUCGCCGAUACCGAUUCAAUUCAGGGUGUACAUCAUUGCGAAGGCGCUGUAGGACGCUUCUGGCGCGCAGAAGUUCUGGGAAGUAGCGUUACCCCUGGACUUGGGGGAAAGAAGAAACGCCGCGGGAAAGGGGUGGGCGAAGAUGGGACAAGACGUCUUGGGAUGCUCACUAAAACAGAUCUUGGCAAAAUGCUCUCUAAAUCUCUCAAACUAUCUUUUACCCGUGAGGUUGAGAUCAUUGCCAGUACCCUUCAGCCACCUUCCACGGUCCAUACGUUCACCUUUCAGCUCCCUGGAUCGUCGGACGAGCCCUCCACGACGAGCAAUGGAAUCCUCCGUACUUCCAUGUUAAGCACCACUACCAACGGGGAGCGUUCAAUGCACGGAAAUAGUCCGUACCUAGAUCCUGCUUUUCCCCGACCGUCUUCAACCUACCUUGGCCCCUCAAAUACCUUUACAUCAGCAGCAGCGGCUUCGGACGCAUCUUCUAGUGCAAUAACUUACUAUGGUGUCUGCCUUACUGUUUGGUCGCACGCAGAUGAGGACCGUUCCGCCGCAAUCCGAAAAACUCUCGAAGAGGCUGCGCGACACAGAAAAGCAGGGGGGAAAGGCAGCGGUGGAAGGAGGAAAAAGCCGAAUCCAUGGAGCGCCACUGAGGCCGAAGACAGUGAGCUUGGCAGCGAUAUUGAUGGCAUCACAGGUCUGGCCGCGCCAGGGGAGAAUCCUGGGGCUUCAACACUGUUCUUGCCUCCUAACACAGUGUUCUGGCUACCUUAUGCGCUGACGCUUGUGUCAAGGCAUCCCAUCUAUGAUUUGAUGAGAGAUUAUCUUACUCUCUCAUGGGCGCGCUUCAGCAAAGACGUCCAAUCACAUACUCUGUGUGUUGCCUUCCUCAUUCCUCCUUGGCGGAAUAUUCACAUCCCGUUUCAGUCAGAUUUCCAAAAUAUUAGAGUAUCCUGCCCCCGGGCGGGCGAGAUGGUUAAGAUAGAUGCUGGUGUCGCAGGCGAGACACUGGAAGUUGUAUGUCGAUUCCCUGGAGGACUGGAUUUUGGAAGGGGAUUGGUUGACGUCAAUUUCACUAUGUGGCCCUUGUUUCGGUGCUUAAACCUGGAUAAUAUCCUUACCAUCUGCGAGCUGGCCCUGGCUCCAACCGGGCGUAUACUGUUCCUUUCUAGACACUUAGCUAUGCUUGGUAUUGCUGUCUGCACUAUCAAAUACUUGUGCGAAUUACGGGGAUGGAAUGGUGUUUCAAUGCCCACAGUGCACGCUCGUGAUGCGAAAAUCUACCUUGAGGCAUGUUCAAAUGCAUUGGAUCCUGGCCCAUGGAUCAUUGGCAUGCCGACUGAAACCCGGUACAUUACUACCAUCUUACCUGAAGUCUGUGUUUGCGAUCUAGAUAUCAAUUACGUCAAUUGCUCAGCUCCUCCUCUGGGUGUCGUUUCAGUGAGGGCUCAGCGUGACAAGUCCCGUCGCACACUCAUGGCGGCUUUCAAUUCCUACUUCCACCCGGACCACUCUAUUCCCAGUGAAUUUAAAGAGGCAUUUCCGGCUGGGCGAUUCCGCCCCCUUUGCAAGAUCACCACGAAGAAAGGCAAUACCUCAACGCCUGUCGCCGAGAUCAUUCGUGCGCCCGACUGGUGGCACCAGACCAGAGUGGUGCAAGCCUUCGAUGCGGUCCUUCGAGACAAGUAUAAGAAGCCCAGCUUGUUUAAGCGUUUAAUGAUGCUGGGCCAAGUCAAACCUCCGAGCAGUCUCACUCCUGCAGAACGCUUUAUUCAGUCUUCCAUCCGCAAACGUGCAUCAGCAUUCGUCGACGCUCGCGACGAUCUUGAGACGAAGAUUGGUCGUCUCUCACGGCGGCUCAACUUCCUCAUGACAGAGUCUGAGCUCUGGAGGCAAAAAUUUGUUAGCUUUGAAGAGUAUGCUGAGGCUUUAAGCUCAGAAGCCGCAGAGCUGCGUGCGAAAAUUAAUAAGGAGCAAAGAGAGAGCAAACGGUUGAGUGCUCAGGUAACCAUUACUUCCCAGGAAAAGGAAGUGCUGAAGCAGAGUAGGCAUCUAUUCCGUCGUCCCGUCGAGUUUAGACUUCUUACAUCACAUUCUAUUGCAGAGUUGGCUCAAACUGAGGCUGAGCACAACCAGGCUCUGAUAGAGCUGGAGCGUAUGCGUGAGGAAAUGGAGGAAAUGGAACGCGAACGUUCGCAAAUGAUUGCUGAGGUCGAGGCACAAAUUGAGCGAGCUCUCGUGUCCAUCGCCUUCAGUGACGGCAACUCCGAUCUUUCCGACCUGGUCAUAUCGCGCCCUGGUUCAGCUAUGUCCUCCCAUCGUUCCGAUUCUCGUCCGAGCUCAAGGAAUGGUGGAGGGCCAGAAACGGGGAGCAGCCACAACCACACCCUUCGCUCGUUCGGCACUGCGACGACACUCGCGGAAGAACAAGCUAUGGCGCUUGUUGAAUCGCAUCCCAAUGGUGGCGAAUCCACUGUGACUAUAGGGCCUGUUAGGGAGGUGACCGACAAGAGAUCUCCCACAGCUCUCUCCGAGAAGGCUCUGAGAAGGUUCUCGGUGACGAAACGGGACCACAGUGAUGCGCUUGGUGGGAUGGAUAGAAGCAUUUCAGAGCGUAGUGACGCCGUUGCUCAGAGAAUGCUCCAGAUUCAGCGCAAGCUGGAUGCUGUUCGAGAAGCUAAGUACUAUCGCACCGAGUCUGUCUCUAGUGCAAGGACAAGCUUAGAGGAGAGCGGUUCGCAAAAGGGCCCCGUUAGCAGGGCUUCUCGUGUCAGGUCUCCGCUUCUUCAACGCGCGUCGUCGAUCAAGGAGUCGCCUGCCGAAACUCCGAUCCAGUCCACGCCAAAGCUGGUUCAGCAAGAAAAGCCUGCUUCUCCAGUUAAUCCCAGCACACCCCAGCCACCUAUCGCCCCUAAUGUCGAUACCACCCCCCGUAUGAGCGUUAGUUUGGCGAAUGGUACAAAACACAUCAGAGGAUCGGCGUCUGUCUCACGCAAGCGGGUUUCAGUGCCCCCUUCAUCCUAUGCCUUCACAACAGAUGACUCAGAUGACUACCAAAGUGCCCUGGACCACUCAACGUAUGAGUCUGAUGGUGUCGACGAGGAUAAUGGCUCGCCCACCCAAGUUGUACCCGAGGAUUAUAGUAAAGGAGUCCCUGGUGCAUAUGCAGACGAAACCCCUCGUGAAUCUUUGGAACGCGGGACCAAGGUUUUGGAGGAACAGCAUUCCCAGCAGAACCUCAAAGCCGGAUUUUUAGGGACCCGUGCUAGAGCAUCGAGCGUUGCCACAAGUGCCGCUACCGAGAGGCCGAGGUUUUGACUUAGAGGGAACGUAUCAACCUUUUCAAUUCCAAUUCACAGCUCUUCUUACAGUGAUUCGAACCAAUAAUUAUUAUGUAUUCGUUUUAAACACUUUAUUUUUUGUAUAUACUCUGGGUCCACCUUCGUCUUAUGCUAAUUUCUAGGUU